AUGUUCGCAACCCGUUGGGUACCAGCCGCCCGGCUGAACAUUAAGCAAGCCCGAAGCUUCUCUUUGCUUUCCACUCACACCACUUUCCCGGCAACAAUGUAUCGAUUCCAGCUAAACAAGAAGGCCACACUGUACGAUGCUAGCCAAGAGGAAACGCGGUAUAGAAAAGAUGGAAUCAGAGUGUCCGAAAACGGAUUGGUUCAUGCGAACAUCUCCAAGUCCAGCCCAUACUCCAACGGACCAAUUUUCAUGCCAAACUCGCGCCUCUUGCAGCAGAUGUUGAAGUUUGAUUUCGAUCACUACCAAGAAGAAACCAGUGACGGCAAAUGCCCAUUGGACCCAAGCGUUAUUUGUGUGCAGAAGGGUACUCCCAUUCCCUCGGCUCUAGUCAUGUGGAGAGAAGGGAUUUCCCGCUUCUCCUUGCAACCCGCGGAACCAACCGAGCUAGAAAAACUCAAUGACCUACUGAGUGAGUUCUAUGAGAGUUCCGCCACUGCUAUUGGGGCGAAGGAAUGGAUCGAGACCCACCCAUACAAGGAGAGUAUCCCGGAUCAGAAUGAGGAGGAGUGGAUGAAAGCGUGA